CACUACGCAGGCGCCGGCAGCCGCGCCGGGCAGUUGACACCUAGAUGGAGCGGGAGCGGUUGGUUCGGAAGGUGGUGGUGCUGCAGGCCUGCGUCCGGGGUUUCCUGGUCCGACGCCGGUUCCAGAGUCUACGAGCAGAGUAUGAGGCUAUUGUACGAGAGAUCGAGGGUGAUCUGGGCACACUACAGUGGACUGAAGGCUGGAUUCCCAGGCCCCAGUUUCUCCCACAGAAGGCAAAACCCCAUCGGAACUGGAAAGCUGGAGCGAAGGUACCAAAGUCAGAGCAGGAGCUAUGGAGUUGCUUCCCACGUAAGGAGCCUGAGAGAGAGGAGAUGAUGCUGAAGAAGUCAGGAGAGAGCUCAGCAAACUCAGAAAGUCUUCACUGCAGAGAUAGCAGGAAACCCAGCCAAGAGGAGACUGAAGCUAUGCCAAGGAUGGAGAACCCAGAAGCUGCAGGUCCAGGACUGCCCCACAGUCCCACAGAGCUCCAGGAGCUCCAGUACCAUCGCAGCCACGUGGCCAUGGAACUGCUGUGGAUACAGCAGGCCAUCAAUAGCCGUAAGGAGUACCUAAUUCUCAAACAAACACUGGGAUCCCCAGAGGCAAGGUUAGACCACGGAGGACAGAGCUGUGAGAGAGCUGGGUCACAACCAGGCCCCCCACUGGAAGACCAGUACUACAGAGACAGGACAACUGGAAAGAAAGACCAUGCAGAUGACUCUUGCUGGAGGCUCAGAUCACAACCUCACAAAUCCCCGGAAAGACUGGCCACUACAGAUGAAACCACUGCUGGGGCCAAGCACAGGGACCCAAACCGCAGGAGGGCUGGACCACAGCUACCCACAUCAUCAGAUAAGCAAGCCAUAGAGAACAGGCUCACCAAAGAGCCACAUCCUGGGGAACAGACCUUUGGAGGGACCUGCCUACAGCUGACAAAACUAGAGGACCAGACCCCCAAAGGCCUCAAACCUAAGGGUCACACUUCUGGAAAGGCCAGAACACAGCUGCCCACACUCCGUGUGGACCCAAAUACUGAAGCUAAGUCUCCCAGAAGGUCGGACCACAAAGAGCCUAAUUGCCAAAGAGCUAGGCCACGAGAGUUGGGCCUCUCGGAGGACCGUGUCACCUGGGGUGGGACUUUGGCAGAACAUGGUAGCCUGGAUCUCUGGAAGACUAAACCACAGGGCCAGACCCCCAGUAAUAAAAGCUCCAGAGGUAGAGCUUCCAAUGAGCCUAGCUCUGAAGGAUGGAAAAACCAGAGGAAUGCACCAUGGAGAUCAAGGCCACUUGAGAAACUGUCUUCUACAGGGUAGAUAGCAUAGGAGAGAAGCACUGGAGGGACAGGCUGUGGGAGACAGGACCAGCAGGCUAGACCCUGGGGGAGCCAGGGCUGAUAUGAAAGGCAAGGAGACAGGUCCCCGGUACCAGUUCUACCUCCCGCCCCUAGCUAUUGGUGGCCAGUGGGGCUAAGAGAAGCUGGAGCAAAGAGUUGGCACCAGUACAGGGAGAGGAGGGGGAAGGACACUCUUUCAUCCUUUGCCUGGGCUCAAUCCAAAUUUCAGGACAGGGGAGUUACCUGGGUAAGUAAAGGGGGAGACCUGAUGGAAAAUAAAGGUUUUCCUUGGA